AUGGCUCUCGCACCGUCGAUAGGCAUCGAUCUACUCAGGAUGCCAGCAAAGGGCACACCUUCCAGAUGGAGAGAAAGCGACAGCUCACUUAUUUCGGUGAAAAUGGUGUAUGCGGAUAGAGCAACUAUGCUGAAGGCUGUGGAUGAGAUACGCCAAUUACUUGGUGAAAGCAUCGUGAGCGUGGACUCGGAUGACCUUGAUGAACAUGGCUAUUCAGAGUGGUCUACGUCAAAUACUGACGUACGACCAGUGGCAGUUGUCCGACCACAGACGACAGAAGAGGUCUCAAGUAUUGCCCGUAUCUGCACCAAGUACAAAGUGCCGAUAAUUCCAUACGGAGCUGGAUCCAGCGUUGAAGGCAACUUCAGCUGCCCCCAUUCUGGAGUAUGUCUCGACCUAUCUGGCAUGGAUAGAAUCGUGGCUUUUCACCCCGAGGACAUGGAUAUCGUGGUCCAGGCCGGUGUCAAUUGGACUAAUAUGAAUGAAGAAAUCAAGAAUACUGGUCUCUUCUUGCCACUUGACCCCAGCCCUACUGCAUUGAUCGUGCUCUCAGAUGGAUCUGUAAUUAAAACACGUCACCGACCUCGAAAAACAUCAGCUGGAUAUAAUCUUACAGGUCUUUUUACCGGAUCUGAGGGAACACUGGGUAUAAUCACUGAAGCAACUCUGAAGCUAGCCAUAAUUCCAGAGAACUUUUCUGUUGCAACAGCCACUUUCUCAACUGUCAAGGAGGCAGCGGAUGCGGCAUUUAAGAUGAUGCGACGGGGAAUACCCCUCGCUGCCCUGGAAAUGAUGGAUGAUGUUCAGAUGAAAGUCAUUAACCAGAGCGGUGGAGCAGGCGGAAGGCUAUGGGACGAACAUCCUACGCUUUUUCUUAAAUUUUCAGGCUCCCAGAAUGCAGUUCAAGACAGCAUCAAAUCGGCCAAAGAAAUCGCCAAGUCCAACAGUUGCCGUUCUUUCGAGUUUGCCAAAACAGAGGAUGAGAUGCAGUCCCUUUGGUCUGCCAGAAAACAAGCUUUGUGGGCAAACCUCGCCGUCCGACCUGAGGGGACCCAGAUUUGGUCCACAGAUGUUGCUGUACCUCUGUCUCGAAUGGCCGAACUAAUUGAAAUAUCAAAGCAAAAGGCCAGCGAACUAGGACUUUACAAUAGUGUUCUGGGACAUGUAGGCGAUGGCAACUUUCACCAGGUCGUCAUGUACAACCCACAUGAUAAGACGGAACGCCAAGCUGUGUCGGAUUGCGUGGAUGGGAUGAUGGUGAGAGCACUGGCAAUGGAGGGUACAGUAUCAGGCGAGCAUGGGAUCGGCUUGGGAAAGAAGCAUUGCUUACAGAAAGAGCUCGGCCCAGCCACGAUAGGUAUCAUGAAAGCUAUCAAAGACACAUUGGAUCCCCAGUGA